UGCCGGCGGGGCACAGCCCGGCCCGCGCUCGCCCUGCUGCCACGGAGGAUGCUGAGUGGCCAUGGUCCCCUGUGCCACCGCCCCGGCGCUGUGCCUGGCGCUGCUGCUCGCCUGCCUGGCACACGGUGAGGAGGGGCUGGCGAGCCCCCGGCGUGUGCGCUUCACCACGGAGCUGGCACAACACCUGCUGAGGUGGGAGCCAGGGCACGGGGGCCCCAGCAACACCAGCUACGACGUGCAGCUCAAAGUCUAUGGCCUGAGUAUUCCCUGGGCAGCCAUCCCAGAGUGCAGGAACACCUCGGAGCUCUCCUGUGACCUCACCCGCUACACCCCGGACCCCGAGCGGCGCUACUUCGCGCAGGUCAGGGCCGUGUCCGGCAACCUCACGUCCCCCUGGCAAAGGAGCAGCGCCUUCUCCCCACAGGAAGCUGGCCUGCACCUGGCGGGCCAGAGCCUCUCCGUGGUGGGCAACUCCAUCCAGGUGCGGCUGCAGCUGCUCCUCCCUGGGAACGUCUCCCUGGAGUACAGCGACUUCCAGAAGGCGAUGGCCCGGUACCGCGUGUACGUCAGGAGGACACGGGACAACCACACGCUCACAGUGGUGAAGAACAGCACAGAGUUCACCAUCGAGGAGCUGUUCUGGGCCACAGAGUACUGCCUGAGUGUGGAGCCCAGCAUGGCCAACAGGCCCGUCCCUGCCACACUCAGCGACGAGCAGUGUGUCACCACCGGCCACAGGGACAGGAGUGCAGAGCUUCUCCCCGCCAUCCUCAGCUCCUCCUUCAUCAUCCUGCUGUUGCUGGGCCUCCUGGGGGCACACACCUACAUCAGGAAACCCGUGAGGACUCCGUCUGUCCUGAAGUCCUUCAUGAAGCAGAGCUCGCUCUGGGUGGAGCACGAGCCCCCAUCCUCGAGCAGCCUGGAUACAGACCCCAUCCAGCAGCUCUUCCUGUGCCACAAGGAGCCCUGGCUGGACAGGAGCCCUGACAGCAGCACCAGCACAGCCCAGCCGCCCCUGGAGCAGGGCUGGACGCUCCCAGCACGGCCCAAGGAGCAGCAGUGCCUGCUGGAGCCCACGGGGAGCAGAGACAGCAGCGGCACCAGCACUGACAGCGGCAUCUGCCUGCACAUCCCCUCCUCCUCCUCCUCCCUGAGCUGCUCUGUGUGCCCCGAGCCCCAGGGCUACAGGCAGCAGCUGCCCAGGGCUGAGGACAGCGGGGUGGGCUUGGAGAGCCCCUGCCCUGCCCCUGGCUGCUCCUCUGGCAGCAGCAAUGCCAGCCCAGGGCAGCCUGAGCUCUCCCCUGCUGCCAGCCAGGAGGAUGUGCAGUUCAGGGGGUACCUGCAGCAGUCUAAGGGCACUGUGGGGCCAGAGCAGGCUCUGGGUCAGGGAUUGUCCCUCUCGGGCUGUGCAGGGUCCUUGCAGGGCACUGACACUGUGCUGGACAUGCAGUGCUCCGAGCUGGCUGUGUCCAAGGGCUAUUUGAAGCAGUCCUCUCCCCAGCAUCUCCUCACACGGGACCUUGCUCCAUGGGGAGCCCCUGCCUGGGACUUCUCCAGCCAGCCCCAAGCUCCCACUCUGCUGAGCUGGGCAGCUCCAGGUGCUCCACUGACCUGCAAAGCCAGCCCUGAUCUGAAGACUCCCUUUGACCUGAACAGCACUGCCUUCCUGGGGACACUGCCGCUCAUCUCCAGCCUCAGCUGCAGCUGGAUCACACCCCCCAUCAAACCCCUGAGCCAGCUCAGCGGGGACAGCAAGGACAGCCGCCUGUGACCCGUCCCCCAGGGGCCACCAGCCCUGCUCUGACCCAACUACCUCGUCUGCCACUGGAUAAGCUACCCCUGAGUGUUCUUGGUGCCAGGAGCGCCAGCCCAGCCACUGCUGGGGCUGCUUUGGCCCCAGUCCUGCUGUGGGCAGCCCCCUUUUUUGGGAGACAGGGAUGUGCUGUGCUGGGGGCUCAUCCCAACCUCCUGGGGCCACCAAGGACACACACAGGGCACCUCUGCCUUGUCUGCCCUCCUCAGCAGCCCAGCAUGGGUGCAGGGCCACCCUCGUGGCCUGGGGUACUCCUGUGCUUCCACUUCCCCCUUUCCUGGGCCAGCUGGGCUCCUCCUGCAGAUGUCCUCACUCUGAUGUCCUCACUCUGAUGCCAUCCCAGCCUUUCGCAACACAGACACUGAAAGCAGAUGUCAGCCUGACAUCAGCACCCUGCUGCUGGCAGCACGGCUCCUGCCCUGCCUGACCCCACAGGGACGGACACAGAGACUUUCCUGACCCUACAGUGACCCUUCAGCAUCCAGCCCCUCUGGGAGAGCCCCAGGGCAGGAUAUGGGAUGCACCUAGGAGCCCAGCAUGAGCCAGGGCAGUCCGACCCACACUAUGGUCUGUGUUGGACACAGACGUUAUUUAUUGCAUUUCAUUUGUAAAUACAGAAAGGAUGUGGUGUUA